AUGUUGUCCACUCGCCCGUCCGAUUGUUUUAAACUAAAUAUUUUCUUUUGGAAAAUUUUUGGGAUUUGGCCUGGAAGAAAAUAUACCAAGUUUUAUAAAUAUGUUUCUGCUACGUAUUUGCUUAUCACAUGGAUAAUUUACAAUUUUCUUCUUACGUUAAACCUUUUCUAUAGUCCCAGGAAAAUUGAUUUGAUUAUUCGCGAAGCCACAUUUUACUUUAACGAGGUGGCAAUUACUGCACAAGUAUUAAUGAUACUCAAAAUGCGUGUUGAAAUAUUUGAGAUAUUUGAAUAUCUGGACUGCAACACUUUCGAGGGAAAUGACGAUAUUUCCAAAAGCUAUAUCAAGAAAGCUAUUGAUCAAUAUAAUUUUUGCCACAGACUCUAUUUAAUUUUUUGCCAUUUUGCCUACGUUGCGCUAGCGGUGUUUCCUGUUAUUCGGUAUUGGAUAACCAGUGGGCCAUUAGAAUUACCGAUAAGCAAAUACUAUUUUUUGACUGAUGAACAUCGAGAUAACUAUUUUAUAUAUUGGUAUAUUUAUCAAUCAUUAGGAAUAUACGGGCAUAUGACGUACGAUAUAAACAUAGACUCUUUUAUCGUUGGAUUGAUGCUGAUGGCAAUCACUCAAUUGAAAGUUAUCAAUUAUCAAUUGUCGAAUAUGAAAUUAAACUCAAUAGAAGCAACGGGGACAAAGGAUGUCCAAGAAACAAUUUUCAUUUCGAAGCUUAAACAGAAUUUACGACAUUAUGAGCUCGUUUUGAAGUAUUGUGCUCGGGUUACGGAUGUCAUAAGGGUGACAAUGUUUGUGCAAUUUAGUAUGUCAUCAGCUGUCAUCUGCGCGGUGUUGUAUGGCUUACUAUUGCCGUCGUCGAUGGAAAAUAUUAUAUUUAUGGUGGUUUACUUGGGAGCAAUGACAACUGAAAUUUUUGUACCUGGAUGGCUUGGAACACAGCUUUCUUACGAAAGCGGACUAUUGGUGUCAUCCGCUUACAAUAUUGAUUGGUUACCUAGAUCCCAGUCGUUUAAGAGGAGCUUAAAACUCUUUAUAGUACGAGCUAACAUUCCUAUUAAACUUCAUCUGUACAUGUUUCAUUUGAACUUGGAAAGUUUUCUUGCGAUCAUGAAAACUGCGUAUUCCUGUUUCUCACUUCUUAGAAAUGUACAAAGUCGAUAA